UAUGAAACACUGAACAAACGGUUUCGAGCUGCACAGAAAAACAUUGAUCGAGAGACUAGCCACGUUACAAUGGUUGUGGCAGAGCUGGAGAAGACACUGAGCAGCUGUCCUGCUGUGGAUUCAGUUGUUAGCCUCCUGGAUGGAGUAGUUGAAAAACUCAGUGUUCUGAAACGAAAGGCAGUUGAAUCAAUCCAGGCUGAAGAUGAAAGUGCAAAACUCUGCAAACGUAGGAUUGAACAUCUGAAAGAACAUAGUAGUGACCAGCCAGCUGCUGCAAACAUGUGGAAGAAGAAACGCAUGGAUCGUAUGAUGGUGGAACAUCUUCUACGCUGUGGCUACUACAACACAGCUGUAAAACUAGCGAGACAAAGUGGUAUUGAGGACUUGGUAAAUAUUGAGAUGUUUUUGACUGCUAAAGAAGUGGAAGAGUCAUUGGAAAGACAAGAGACUAUGACUUGCUUGGCUUGGUGUCAUGAUAACAAAUCCAGGCUCAGAAAAAUGAAGGGGCGCCAAAAUGAGAAUGAACCGAAGAUGGGACGCAAAAGUAAAUCGGCCAGUGAUUACUCUAAAGAAAAUGAUGAUCUUGUUAUGGAAACCAUUAAAGGAAAACCAGAAUUGAGCUGUCUGGAAUUCAGCCUAAGGAUUCAGGAGUUCAUUGAACUCAUUCGACAGAACAAGAGACUGGAUGCUGUGAG